AUGACGAAUACUCUUCCGACAUCCGCGUUCGACGGUAUCUUAGCCAAGUUGGCGGACGUGCUGGAGAUCACUCAACGGGCAGAGGGUAUCAAUAAUCCGCAGACGCGGCAGGCGCUCCUCCAAGCUACCAAAGACUUCAAGGAUGCCCUUCUGAAAGCGAAGGAUACUGCCAACGGUCUUCCAGGCGGCGAGCUGAGCAUCGCCGAUCAGGAUCGAGUGAUAGAAAUGCUCGAGAAAUUGCGGGAGAGGACCAGGUGA